AUGAUCACUAUCAAACAAAAAAAUGAGAAGAAGAACCCAGGACAACUGAAGAAGUCCGGUCCGUUACAUGCAAUCGCAGGAGGAAGCAGUCCGUCCCCACCUUGCUCGUCGAGCACCGCAGCCGAACCCCCGAUGCUUUCAUUAUCUUUUAUUUUUCUCUUCGGUCCAGCCCAGCACCAAAGGUGCCCCAUCUUCAACUCCCGAUCGCACCACUGUUUCCCUUCCGUUGAACGAAACCAUCAAAUACCUCCUCCUCUUGCGAUUCCUCAACCACUAAUCUACAAUCUCGGACUCCCCAUCUGCUCCAAAAUAACAACAAUACAGCCUCAAGCGCACGACGGCACUACACUCUCCACCAUUGAUCCCUUCGCUCCCUUCAUUAGCGACAACUGCGACACACGACACAUCUCCAUCUUUCUUAUAUUUAAAAAUCAUAACAUCGCCUCAUCUGUUCUGCUCCUUAUCCACUUCUAUACUCUCAAUCAAAAGAUACUCUCCAUCAACUGUCACCGCCAUCGACUACUUCAAGAACAUGGAAACCCACCGUCUCUCUCUAAACUCAUCCAAUACCCAUUUCUAUGA